GAUUGCAACAGCAGCGGCACCAGCAGCGACAGCAGCACGGGCGCCGGCACCGGCACCGGCACCGACAGCACGUGCACCACGGGGCCCGGGACCGUGUUCAAGUCGGCGUUGGCCAAGUACCCGCACAUGUCGCUGUCGCUGUCGCCGCCGUUCAACCGGCGCCGGAACCUGCCGUCGUACAGGGGACGCUGUAGCCUGUCUGAACCACACGAAUCAGAAUUGUUCAAAAGCGUUGCCGACAACAACCCCGAAGACUUAUUAAAAUCAUCAGACUCGGACCUGGACGAGCCGUUGGACUAUAAAGAGAAUUCCUAUUUUCCAGUCCGUGUGGGGUCCGUCAUCAACGACCGUUAUCACAUAAUAAAGAAACUGGGUUGGGGUCAUUUCUCUACCGUUUGGCUCUCUUGGGACGACGUGGCACACAACUUUUCAGCCCUCAAGGUCGUGAAAUCCGCAGUUGAUUACACAGAAAGUGCGUUGGAUGAAAUUCGAAUGUUAAAAAGUAUUUAUCGUCAUCGAGAUUUGGAUACAAAUCGUACGAAGAUCAUUCAGUUGUUCGACGAUUUCCGAAUAGACGGUUUGCGGGGUAUGCACGUGGUUAUGGUAUUCGAGGCAUUGGGACCCAAUUUGCUGAAGCUCAUCAAGAGGACCAACUACCAGGGGAUACCGUUGUACUUGGUAAAACAUAUCAUCAGACAAGUGCUGCAAGGACUAAAAUACCUUCACGAGACUUGUCACAUAAUUCACACAGACAUCAAGCCUGAGAAUAUAUUGAUUUGUGCACAACACCAAUACAUAAAGCUAACAGCAGAAAACAGUUGCAAACAGAUGUCUAUACUGAGCUUACGAAACAGAAAAAAUGGAAAAAAUAACGCUGAUGAAAGAUUACAGGGUAAUUAUCGAUUAGACGGAAUUCGAUCGGAACAAUCGUUGGAUAUGGAAAGCGAGAGUUAUGCCGAAUCAAAUUGUUAUUUUAGAAAAAUUAGUAAAUUCAAAAGAUUAUACGAAUUGUUGGAUGAUUUGGGGAGUGUAAAUAUCAAAAUAGCUGAUCUUGGUAACGCUUGUUGGGAGGAUAAUCACUACACAGAAAACAUUCAAACACGUCAAUACCGAAGUCUGGAGGUUCUCCUGGGUGCUGGGUACGGCACACCUGCGGACAUUUGGAGCACAGCUUGUCUGGCAUUUGAGUUGGCUACCGGUGAUUUUUUAUUCGACCCGCACUCUGGGGCCACUUACAACAAAGACGAAGACCAUAUAGCCCACAUAAUCGAGCUAUUAGGCCAAAUACCGAUGUACGUAAUUCAAAGCGGCAAACACUCCAGCAGCUUUUUCAGGACCAACGGAAAUUUGAAGCACAUCAGUAACCUGAAACCGUGGUAUCUGUACGACGUGUUGACAGAGAAAUACGAAUGGAACACUAAAGAAGCCAAAGCAUUCUCGUCAUUUCUAACACCGAUGUUGGACUUGGAUCAGGAUAAUCGAGCUUCGGCUACCCAAUGUCUCUUGAACCCGUGGAUGUUGGCAUAACAUAUUCGUAAUUCGAUUAUUAAUAAUUAUAUUAUCAUAAGUAGGUAGUUAUAGUGAAAUUUCCAUUAUUGUAUUAAACAUGCGUGUGUUUGAAAGUUUUUAUUUUUAAACUAAUUACACAAACAAAUCAUUAUACAUUACAUACAUACAUAUAUAAUGUUUAUAUAGUAAAAUAGUACCAACUGUAUAAGCCCGACUGUAUACUGCGUCUAUAUAACACCAAUUAAGUUAUAUUUAAAUGUUGUAAAAAUAUAGAAUAUACUCAUGUAUGACAAUGUAUUUUUUUUUUGUGAUAAAGAAAAAGAGAUGGAAAUUUUAAGAAUUCGUACUUUUCUUCAAAAGAAAAACGGGCUUAACUAUCAUAUACUGGCCUCAUAGGCCACGACCUCACGCACUACAUUUAUAUAUGACUCAAUUUUUACUUAUAUAAAUAUAUGUUUUUAUGUAUAUUAAGAUUUGCAGAGAAUUGGCAUAUACUUGAUAUUUAUUGUUCAAACCUACGUUAAAAAUGUUAAAUAAAAAUAAAUAAUAAUAAUUUUAUAUCAAUAUUAAUUGAUAUAAAAAUUAUAAAAUUUACAAUGUAUUAAGAUUUCGAUGAGAAUAAAAUCUUUGUAACAAAUAAUGAUAUACCAUACACGGGGUGCUCGAUUUAACAGUAAAAUAGCAAGACACUUAAAUAAUUAUUGGGUUACGUUAAUCGAUCGUUGUUAUUACUAUUAUUUAUACAAUAUAAUAUGUUAUAUGUACCUAUUGUACCUUUGAAUUUGAGUAUUUGACCUAAAAUCGCUAUCCGUUUCACAAAAUUGUACAUGUCGUUCAUGGCAUUUAUGUGUAAUUAAGUAUAAUUUUUAAGUACCUACUCGUAUAAUAAUUACAACUUAUUACAUAUCACCAAGCUAUUAAGUUUAUUUAACGUUAUAUUACUUUAUGCAGAAUGUUAAUUUCAAGCUAGGCAACGUUUGAAUUUAUGUUGCAUAAUUUAUUGUCAAUUUUAUCUUUUACGUUAUCGUAAAAUAAUUUUUUGGAAUACCCUCUUAUCGUAUAGGCUCAAUCAAAAGGGUUUGGUAAAUUUACACGUGAAAUAUGGCAGCUAAUCAGAUACAUAUUAACAGUUCUUGCGUGAAAAUAAAGAUACCGUUACGUGUUAAUAUAAUUCCUAGAUAUAGGAAUACAAUUAAAUGUAAUACUUACUAAACAGUGUACACGGCGUGCUUAACAUAUAGAACUAGGUACAUUAUAAUAUAAUCUUAACUAUCUAAAUAUAUCUUAUGUCUUUUUAUAUAAAUUAUAUAAUCUAUCUGUAUAUCUUUUCUAAAUAAAUAAUAAUGGCCUUAAAACAAUUUUUGAUUGAAAUACAAAUUUUAAAAAAAUAAUUAGUUUUAAUUAAAAAUUAAAUUUAAAACUUUGUAAUGUAACACAAAAACAAACCAAUUUCAACCUCACCAACUGUAUUUAAGUUAUCACUUUAAGAAUCAGCUCAGAGGAAUCGGCUCCCCCCGCCAAAAAGGAACAUCAUAAUUCAUUUCACCGUCGACAUAUCCGUAACAGAUAUAAUAGGCCAAUAACUAUAUUUUUCAAUGUAUAUAUAAGUAAAUCUUAAAAAGGUGUAUAAUUGUUUGAACCAUAGAAUAAUAAAUACGAUUUUAGGAAAACAAAUUUCAUAUCUUUUUUCAUAUAUUUUGUUGUUUUUAUUUUGUUUAAUUUUGUAUAAGCAGUAAAUACUUAAGCUAUUUUUCAUUUGUAUACGCUAUACGGUAUACCUGAAUACAUAGCGAUUCAAAAUGUCGAGUAUUGUGGUGUAAAUAAUUAAAUUUUAGUUUUCAGUAAAAUGGUGUACACUCUAAGUUAUUUAAUAUUGUUAUGACUUAUGAUAAAACGUAUUAUGAUGGUAAAUGGGUGAACUGUGAAAUCAUUAUGGGUAACUGUAACCAAAAAAAUCUAGCUUCCCCCCCCCAAAAAAAAAAAUUUAACUGUAGUUUUG